AUGGUGCUGGAACUGGAGCGCAUCAUCCGGAGCGUGGUCCAGGGAGACCAGGACGCCGUCCAGCUCCUGCUGGACACAUACAACACCCAGUAUGCAGAGUGUUUCUUCUUCAACUCAGAGGAGCAGGAGCGGAAGAAGCACCUGGCCGCCGCCCUGCUGGCCUUCGUCAGCGGCCCGCUGCAGCCCGCGGUCCUCCGGGUGUGCCUGCAGACCCUGCGGAUCCUGUCCCGGGACCGCCGGGCCCUGGAUCCUCUGGUCACCGACGAGGCUCUCUUCACCUUGGCCCACCUGGGGGGCAUCGCCUUCCAGCAGGACCCGGACCAGCAGGGGGGGCGGAGCCCCGAGGGUCCGCCAGAGGGGGCGGACGGCCGGACAUCCAGCGACCCGGACGGCCCGGACGGCGCCGCAGCCUCCGCCAGCGGAUCUGCUCCGGGCGUCCUGCUGCUCCCAUGUGGGAGGAGGGACACCUGGAAGGAGGAGCAGGAGCAGCAGGAGCAGCAGGAGGACGGCGAGGUGUGCAGGAAGGAGGCCAUCAAGGUGCUGUGCAACGUCAUCUACAACAGUCCUCGGGCUCAGGAGAGGGUCAGCAGGCUCAGGUUUCUGCAGGCUCUGUGGGAGAGUCUGAAGCUGUGGGUCUGGAGCAGGACGCCCCCUGGUGGACAGUUCUUCAGGCUCAGGCUCCUCUUCCUGCUGACGGCGCUGAGGCCUGAGCUCCGGCUGCAGCUGCAUCAGGCCCGCGGCCUGUCGGUGCUGACCACGGCCCUGGAGCAGUGCCUGGCCGUCCGCUGUGCAGAGGACUACCAGGUCCUCCCGGACAGCUCGGCCCCGCCGGUCACCAGGGACGGGUUCCAGGAGGUCAUCGAGAUCCUCAAGACCCUCUUCAACAUCGCUCACGUGGCCCACAGGCAGGAGCCGGACGAGGAGGAGUCCGCUCUGUAUCGCCACCUAGCGGCUGUACUGCGCCACUGCCUGCUGCUGUCCUGUGAUGAGGAAGACACCCUGGAGGAACUGCAAGGCCACACGGUGAACGUCCUGUCCAUCAUGCCUCUGGCGUGUCUGGACGUGCUGCUGUCCGUCCCCGUGGAGCAGGCCGCGCACUCCUGUGACGGCGUCAGCAUGGACUGUGUCCACAUGUUACUGCUGUUCAUGGAGAGACGUCUGAACAGGGGUCAGAAGCUGAAGGAGAAGCUCACGCCGGUCCUCAACCUGCUGACGGAGAGUUCUCGAGUUCACCGGGAGACGCGCCGCUUCCUGCGGCAGAAGAUCUUGCCUCCUCUGAGGGACGUGGGCGUCCGGCCCGAGCAGGACGACUCAGUCCGGGGCCAGCUGGUCCGGCUCAUGACCCACGUGGACACCGACGUGAAGCACUGCGCCGCCGAGCUGCUGUUCGUGCUCUGCAAAGAGAACGUCAGCCGCUUCGUCAAAUACACGGGUUACGGGAACGCGGCGGGGCUACUGGCGGCCCGCGGGCUGCUGAACGGCCGCAGGAACUCGGGGGACGGACAGCCGUCCUCCCAGUACUCCAGCGACUCCGACUCGGACACGGAGGAGUACCGGGAGGCCCGAGCCCGCAUCAACCCGGUGACGGGCCGGGUGGAGGCGGAGCAGCCCGACCCCAUGGAGGGCCUGACGGAGGAGGAGAGGGAGGAGGAGGCGCGCCGCCUCAUCUGCAUGAUCAACCGCCUGUCCCGGUGA